AUGAGCCAGUUCGUCAAGACAAACGUGCUCGCCCUACAGUCAUCGGGCAUCACGAGAAAAAGCCAAAGGAAAAUGGACAUAUCAAGCGACACGAAGCAAGAGGAGCCUGAAAGCCCACGACACGGCACGAAGGACAAUGAAGGCGAGACCAAGCCCCAAACGAUUAUGUCCCAGGCCGCAGCUUCACCAUCACCUCAACAAGGAAUGUACACAGACUCCGACAUUGCCAGUAUGUUAGCCACCACAAUGUCAAUGAUAGCGCACGUUCUCGAAAGACAGGCUGGGCCCGUCCACGUGACGACAGGACCCGACUUGACGUCGACAUUACCCACGUAUGACGGAACGGACAACAACUUACAAGAGUGGAUUGCGGCGGUGGAAUCCAUGCGCGACUUAUCAUCAUGGAGUGAGGCCGCAACAUUGAGUGCUGCAAUUACACGACUGCGAGGACGCGCAAUGGAGUGGCAGAAGACAGACGGCAUUGCUCACAAAAAGUGGGACGAAUGGGUGGCAGCCCUGGAGAACGAAUUUGACAGGCCUCUCCUAUUCUGUCAAUGGAUUGCACAAGUUAACAAUAGAAGACAGCAGCCGAAUGAAUCAAUAGUGGACUACAUGUACUCUCGUUUGGAACUUAUACGAAGAGGGCACUACGAUCUGUCCAACGAAGACAUCGUCGACUGGCUAAUACAAGGUGUGUCAAAUGCAGCAGAGAAACCGAUUCUUGCCGCUUACUACGAUCUACGUCAAGGAACUUUAAGUGAGUUCCUGCAGUAUGCAAGCCAGAUCGAGAGACAAGGGCAGUACAACCGAGGUCACAACAAGAGCACUGCCGUGCAAAACGGGGCACCCCGAUUCCAACAACAAACGCCAAAUACGGUACCGAGCCACAAAAGCCCACCAGCACCGCAAGUUCCCGAGACAACUGUUAAACUUGGGAAAAUACCAUCAGACACAUGCGCAAGAUGUCUCAAGACUGGACACCGAGCCCGACAGUGUGACCAGCCAGACACACGAACGCCAGAACAAAAGGCCGCGGCAACAAGACGAUGGCAACAACGCACUGAUCGCACCACACCCCCGAAACAUAUCACCUCAGAGAAGCAUGUUAACAAGGUUGUGACUGCACACCCAAGCAGUAGACAGAAUGUCAUUGUCCUGCCAGCAACAGUCAACGGCAUUGCAACAGAAGUGAUGUGGGACACAGGCUCUGCUACAACUCUCCUAUCCGAAGACUUCGCCUCUUGCCACAACUUCCACAUCGUCCCGGAUAACGAAACUGUGCUGCGAGGACCAUUUGGAAACACGAGCCAGCCACUAGGAGUCACUCAAGCGCUCAUUUCAAUAGGAUGCGCUACAGCCACUGUCCAAGCUUGUGUGAGCCGGGAAAUACCGCACUCAGUAAUCAUCGGACUCGAUUGGAGAAAGGCAAUCCCCUUCGACUAUGUUGAACGCUGCAACGAGAACAGCUUCAGUGUUGAGUGGAUACCAAAGGCAGACUUCACGAAAAAAGAGUCAGUGGCACUGGCAGUUGCACAUACAAAUCUGAUAGAAGUCUUCAAAAGACCACCAGGAGUACCCACAACAAACGAUGAAACUCUGCCCCAUAUGUAUAUGUCAUGCGGAACAGUAUCCAUGUCACCCGGCAGCAUCAAAAUCGAGCAAGACUCUCGACAACUUCCGACACCAAAUGAGGCUGAACACCUCGUGACGCAUCUCAAAAAUGCCUCCAACGCUACAACUGAGCAGUUUGAAGCUAUGAAGGACGUGCUCAGAAGAAACUCAUCAGUCUUCACGAAACCUGACGACGAUUUGGGUCAGUGCACCACGGUUCAACACGAAAUUGAGCUAAACGACGACAAGCCAGUACGAAUGCAACCAUACAGCGCAACGGAAACCAACAGACAAUUCAUCGAGAAGGAAAUCAAUGACUGGUUGCACAGAGGAAUCAUCCGUCACUCAACAUCGAGUUACGCCUCACCGGUGAUCGUUGUAGAUCAACCACAUCAUGACUCUACACCAAAGAGACUCUGUAUCGACUACAGAUUUCUGAAUGCCAAGACCGUUCAACGAGCAUACCCCAUGCCGCGAAUAGACUCCAUCUUGAGAAAGACAUCUGGAGCACAGUUCUUCAGCAAGCUUGACAUCAAAAAAGCAUUUCUUAAUGUACCUAUCAAAGAGACCGACAUUCACAAAGCUGCAUUCGUGACAGAAAGCGGACACUAUGAACCACUACGAAUGCCUUUUGGGCUAACAACAGCACCUGCCACCAUGCAAAACAUAAUGAAUGAGGGACUACGAGAACUCGUCGAAACGGGACACGUUGCUGUCUAUAUGGACGACGUGUGUAUUUUCACCAGCAACACGAGAGACCAUGUCAAAUUACUUGACCGCACGCUCAAGAACAUCCUCAAUAUUGGACUGCGCAUCGACAUCAACAAAUGCAUAUUUAUGUCAAAGAGCAUACCCUUUUUGGGACUGAUUCUGUCACAAGAUGGUAUUGCCAUCGACCCAGCACGAACAGCAGCCGUAAACAACUAUGAUGAAGUACAUCAAGGGUUUCGCCAGGAUCGCUAA